AUGGCCAAACCCACGCGCUAUACCGGCUCGCAUGAGCCUUUGCAAAUCUACCAAGACGACUUUUUCGAGAACUCGACGACAAUGAUCAACCACGCACCCAUGCCUGCCGCCUCCAAACCACCGAGGAGGCCACUCGGCGCAACAAGCAACAACAAUGUCGUGCUCAACCCUCCGAUGCUCGCAUCUGAUAGACACUCGCCUUUGAAAGCAUCGUCGGGCAACGCUAAAUCACACCCUGCGCCGUUGAAGUCGCAAGGCAACAAGUUGAACAUGGUGCCAAUGGCGCCACCAUCAGCAAAUUCCCAAAACACCGAUUCGCUACACAAGAAGCCAUACUUAUCCAAGUUCAAGACCGUCGCACAGAAGCCUCCUUCCGUGGAUCUGGCCGCCGGUUUCGGGAAGGAGAACAUCCACCCGCAGUUAUAUCCUGCGCCACCUACAAUCAACUUUGAUCAGUUCUACAUGCACAAGGGACCCGGGAAGCGCACACUGAUGGAGGCAGCGCCAAUCAAGGAAUCACGGCCCCUGAAGAAGGCCAAGGCCGACGAGUCUGGUCUGCCACCUCACGACUCCUUCCCUCCGAUCGUCGACGAUGGGACCAAACCAGGCCACAGCUACGCGACGUUGAUUGGAAUGGCCAUCCUCCGAUCACCACUACGGCGUCUAACCCUCGCACAAAUUUACAAGUGGAUCUCUGACACGUACUCGUUUUACAAGGCGGAGGAAUCGGGAUGGCAGAACAGUAUUCGGCACAACCUCAGCCUCCACAAAGCCUUUAUCAAGGUGGAGCGACCAAAGGACGACCCGGGCAAGGGCAAUUAUUGGACGAUCCAGGAGGGCAUGGAGCAACAAUUCAUGAAGGACAAGCCGGCAAGGAAGACCGCGACCACCGCCGAAAACGUGCCUGUCAUGUCAACCCGCAUGGAACCCUCGAGACCGGCCAACAUGCCUAUCCAGGAGCCGACCCUCCCGCCUCCUGCACCGAUCAGGCAUGCGACACUUCCGCCUUUGCCUACUUCUCAAGCUACCGUUGCUGUCGAGUUCUCAUCCGAUGCCACCAUUCCCGUCUCGGACUCGGCCGCACCGGAAGAUGGACAGGAUAAGCUUGACCACGAAUGCUCCCCUCUGCCGCCUACGAUGCACUCUUCACCGCCAAUUCCGCGACACAUGGAGCCCCGCAGCCGCACGCCUCCUCCGCCUGGCCGCGGACCUAUGUCGUCGAUCACCAGAUCUCACAAGAGGAAAUUCGCAUCCAUGGACGACAGUGGUUACAUUUCGUCUCUCGAAUCGUCUGCUCUGCGGCCGCAGAAGACUGGCAUCCUUACUUCGGAAGCCGAUCGUCCGCGCAAGCGCAGUCGCGCAGGCAGGGCCGAGGAUGAGAUUGCUCGCUUGCGCGCGUCGUCUUACGAUAGCCCUAGCAAGGGUCGGUCGUACAACGCGUUUGCCCCACCGUCCUCAUCGCCGCUCCGCCAACAAGGGCAGAUGCUGCCACCGCUCACGCCAGCCAUGAAACUGAAGCCGCCUACCAAGGCCCCGCCGUCUGCCUCGCCCAACACCAACCUGCGCCAGCACCGCGAGAACGUGCGCCAGAUGUUGCAGUCUCCGAUUCGCAAGAUGGCCGGCACCGGCGACGGCAACGCCCCGUGGAGCCCCGCUUUCAACUUGGACGAGAGUGUCUACAACUACAACCUGAUGACUGCUGGUGACUUUGACAUCUUCCAAGACAUGGACAACGACUUCUUCGACGGAGCACCUCAAGAAUCUCCCUCCAAAAAAUCUGGCGGAAAGCGCCCGCGGCUGGAGCGCACUCACUCUGCCAAUGCCUUGGCCGAUACCCAUGACUCGAGCAACGGCAACAAGUCGGUUCUCUCAACGCCCUUCUUGAAGGCACCCGCACAACCUUCCGCCAUGUGGGAGACUCCCAGCAAGGUUUUUGACGGCCUUUCUUCCCCCAUCAAGGCUAACAAUGACGCCGCUGUGCAAUGGAGAUUCCCCUCGCCGACCAAGAUUUCCAGCUCGUUCUACGAGGUGGCGGCCGAGGGCGACUGGCCAUCAUUCUCUUUCGACACGACGGACUUUUUGUCGGAGGAGACCACCGAAUACUCGGGUCUCGACAUCUUGCAGGGCUUUGAGAAGAUUGGCUCUGGCUCCCAGCCCAAGGCUUCCGGUUCCAAGCCCAGCAAACCUGCGUUUGGACGAAGCUACACGACGCAAUUCUAA